GCCAACGGCUACAAUACCGUUUCUCUUUCUCUCUCUCUCUCUCUUUGUCAUAAGCGACAUUUUUAUCGGACCAGCAAACCUCGGAGAAAACCUCGGAGUCAUCGAAACCGAUGACUCGCACGACAAUCUCGGAAAAUCUGGCGAAAAACCAAACCUCGGUUCAGUUCCUCGGCAAUUAAUCGCCACCACCCUUUCUUUUUAAUUUUUUUUGGUUCGGUUCCAUUUUUUUAUUAUUAAGCUCUCAUUUUUAGCCCAUUUCUCUUCGGUUCUUUCUCUCCCCGUCAGAAUCCACAGUCUCUCCCUUCGCAUUUCUCUUCUUUACCCACUUUUUAGUAAAGAGAGUUGUGUGUUGUGUUGUGUUGUGGUUUGUUUUGUUUCUAAGGGGGUUUGGGACUUGAAUCUUUGUUAGAUGUUAGAACGCCAACUACAAAGAUUUCAUCUUUGAAGCCGGGAGAUUGAAGAGUUUGAUUUUCAUUGUGUUUUGGGUUCUGGGUUUUUCAUAUUAUUGAAAAUUUCAGAAAAGAUUUUGUUUGUUUGGUCUGGGAUUCCUGUGAUUUUGUAUAGAUUGUUUUUCACAGUUUUGUGUGGUUUUCGUUUUUGGGUAUUCUUUAGAAAGUUGGGGUUCUUUGAUCAAAUUUUGAUUGAAGAGCCUGAAAAUAUUGAUGGAUUCGUACAGCUUUUCGAACGGAAAAAUGUAAUUGGAGUUAGAUAACGAGAAACGGGUCCUGAGUUUCUUGUUGGGGUUCAAGUUAUUUGAACACAAUGUCUGCUGCUGGUGUUGCUUUGAGUCCGAUUCGCAAAGAAUCAGUGAAUUCUGCCGGGCAUUAUCGAAGCGGGGAAGGAUCCAUUCUUGUAUACCUUACUGUUGCUGGAUCUGUGAUUCCUAUGCGGGUGUUGGAGUCCGAUUCAAUAUCAUCAGUGAAACUUAGGAUCCAGACAUGUAAAGGGUUUGUAGUGAAGAAGCAGAAGCUAGUUUAUGGAGGUAGAGAAUUGGCUAGGAAUGAUACGCUCAUCAAGGACUAUGGUGUCACUGGUGGGGAUGUUCUGCAUUUGGUUCUAAAGCUCUCUGAUCUCCUGUUGAUCACUGUUAGGACCAUUUGUGGAAAGGAGUUUGAAUUUCAAGUUGAUAGGUAUCGAAAUGUCGGGUAUAUCAAGCAACGUAUUUGGAAGAAAGAGAAAGGUUUGGCUGAUCUUGAGGAUAAAGAACUUUUCUGCAAUGGUAAGAGACUCGAGGACCAGGUUCUCGUCGAUGAUAUUUGCAAUAACGAUGAUGCUGUGAUUCAUUUGGUGGUUCAGAAAUCUGCCAAAGUUAGAGCUAAACCUGUUGAGAAAGAUUUGGAACUUUUGGUUGUGGCAGCAACAGAAAAUGAAAGGAGAGAUGGAAGAGUUCAAGGAGAAAAGCAACCGGGGGAGCUUCAAGUUGUAAAAAGAGAGCCACCGGUUAGAGAUUUCUCUUUGGAACCGAUUACCAUUAAUCCCAAGGCCAAAUUGCCCUCGUUUAUGUGGGAUAUGAUUAACUCUACAUUUGAUGGUUUGGAGAGAGGCAAUCAACCCAUCAGGUCCUCUGAAGGCACAGGAGGAGCUUAUUUUAUGCAAGAUUCAUUGGGUCUAGAGUACGUUUCCGUUUUCAAGCCUAUUGAUGAGGAGCCUAUGGCUGUAUAUAAUCCUACGGGUCUACCUGUGUCAACAAAUGGAGAAGGUUUGAAAAGGGGGACAAAGGUUGGAGAAGGAGCAUUGAGAGAAGUUGCAACUUAUGUAUUGGAUCAUCCAAGAAGUGGGCCUCGUAUCCUAUCAGGUGAAGCGAUAGGCUUUGCUGGUGUACCUCCUACAGCCUUGGUCCGCUGCUUGCACAAAGGAUUUAAUCAUCCAGAAGGGUAUGAUUGCACAUCAAAGAAUGUUAAAAUUGGCUCACUGCAAUUGUUCAUGAAGAACGAUGGAAGUUGCGAGGACAUUGGUCCUGGGUCUUUCCCUGUGGAUGAGGUACACAAGAUCAGUGUGCUUGACAUAAGAAUGGCCAAUGCAGAUAGGCAUGCUGGGAACAUAUUGUUCCGCAAAAGGGAGGAUGGUCAGACUGUUCUCAUUCCAAUUGAUCAUGGCUACUGCUUGCCUGAGAUUUUUGAAGAUUGCACCUUUGAUUGGCUUUACUGGCCGCAAGCCCGUCAGCCUUACUCUCCUGACACUGUGGAUUACAUAAAUUCACUAGAUGCUGAACAAGAUAUAGCACUUCUGAAAUUUUAUGGAUGGGACAUUCCACUUGAGUGUGCCCGCACACUCCGUGUAUCUACCAUGCUUCUGAAGAAAGGAGUAGAGAGAGGUCUCACUCCCUUUGCCAUUGGAAGCAUCAUGUGCAGAGAAAAUUUGACAAAGGAAUCUGUGAUUGAGGAGAUUGUUCGUGAAGCCAAGGAUUCCUUGCUCCCUGGCAUGAGUGAAGCUGUGCUUCUUGAAGCAGUCUCCCAAAUCAUGGACUCCCAGCUUGACAAGCUUGCAUAAUAAUUUUACUUUGAUUUAUAAGGCAUAUAUAUUAUAUAUGUAUGUAUUGAUUGAAUGGCUGGUCCACUUUUGGAUGGACUGAUGAAGAUUGUACAAAAUGCAGAUGGCUUCUCUUGUUUAUCUACAUUGGGCUGAAGCUUUUGUUUUUCUUCCACUUUUGUGAACGGGUGGUACCUGGGGUUGUAUCAGUAGGUUGAAUCGAAGUUUUAAGGUCGUGAAUAAGAUGUGUUCGGCAGGAUUUUCUGAGAUACUACAGGGCUUUAAUGGGAGCUUAAAUUAAUGUGUACAUACAUGCUAAUAUCUAGAUUUCUACCAUGAAGGCUCAUCAAUUGGCCUCAGCUUAAGUGGUUGUGAGUUUUUAUAGCCAUUUAAGGUAGAUAAAGUGUUUCUUUCAACUGUUGUAAGCCUGAGUUUGUUUCUGUGUAUUGGAGGGAGAACAUAUUAUAUUGACCGGAAUCUAUUAAUAUUUAUAAAUUGGUGUACAUUGUGCCCAAGUUCCUUUUUA